UAAAUUUAUAUUUAAUACAUUAUGUAUUUCAGAAAUGGCAAAUGGAUUACAACAAUCAGGUCUUCAAUAUUUACUUAGUAAUUUUAUAUCUAUUAUGUUGAAGAAUGGUGCAAAAAUAGAUGAAGAGAUUCAAUAUGAAUGUGCUUGGCGACUUAGUAAUUGGAAUAUUUGUGAAACAAAUCAAAUUUUAUACACACAGAAUAACUGUAAUUUAAAAUUAGAAGUAUCUGAACAUGAUUAUAAUUUUUAUCAUUAUCAAGCAUUAAAAUAUUUUCAUGAAGGUAAUAAAAUAGGUAUACAAGAUGCAAUUCAAAAUGCUCGCAUUAGCAUUAUAAAAGCACUUAGAAGCAUUAGUCUAGAAAAUAAUAAAACUAUAUAUGAAAAAUUAAUGCAAUUACAAUUAAUUAAUGAAAUUGAGGAAUUAAGUUUUGCUAAACAAGAUGAAUAUGAACAAAUAUUGCAUAAAUGGCAACAGCAAGAUGUUGCAAAUUUUAGUGAUUUUCAAUAUAUUGAACCCAUUUUAACUCAAAGAACUAUAAUGUUUCAAAUAAAUAAUACUUUAAUUGAUAAUAUAAAUAUUAAAAAUGCACUUUUUAAUACAUAUUUACAAAUAUCAAAAAUAGCAGCAGAUAAAGAGGAUUUGCAAAUUGCUACUCGUGCAUUAGCUAUUUUGACAAAACAAAAAGAUAUACCACAAAAAAUUCAAGAUCAAUUACUUUAUCAAGAAUCUCUAUUAGCACGACUUAGAAAGGAUGUAUAUGUUGGAAGAUUUCUUUUACGUAAUUUAAUGUACAAAGAAGAUUUGGAUAUAAAUUUGCAAGCACAAAUAUUAAGAGUUUAUGGAGAUUGGAUGGCUGAAACAAAAUCAGAAAACCCCCAAGUACAUAUUAUUUAGAGUAAAUUAUAAGAGAAAAUUAAAUUAUGAAAAGAAUUGAAAUU